AUGUUGAGAGCAAGAUCCGUGUUGUCAGCCAGAAGCUUGCCUCGGGUUGCUUCGUUUGUCUCAUCGACUAGACAAUUUUCUUCAACCGUUGGUGUCAAGGCUGCAUCUGACUCCAAGUACGACAAUCCCAAGAAUGUGGAAAAGCAAGGUACCAAAGUCAGACCUUUCACUAUCAACUUCGGUCCCCAACAUCCUGCUGCUCACGGUGUGUUGCGGUUGAUCUUGGAACUUCAUGGCGAAGAAAUCAUUCGUGCCGACCCUCAUGUUGGUCUUUUGCACAGAGGUACUGAAAAGUUGAUCGAAACUAAAACCUACAUGCAAGCCCUUCCUUACUUUGACCGUUUAGACUACGUUUCUAUGAUGACCAACGAAUUAGUCUUUGCCCUUGCAGUUGAAAAAUUGUUGAACGUCGAAGUUCCUCUCAGAGCCAAGUACAUUCGUACCUUGUUUGGUGAAAUUACUCGUAUCCUUAACCACUGCAUGUCUGUUUUGUCGCACAUUAUGGACGUUGGUGGUUUAACGCCUUUCCUUUGGGGUUUCGAAGAGAGAGAAAAAUUGAUGGAAUUUUACGAAAGAGUGUCGGGUGCUCGUUUGCACAGUGCUUAUGUUAGACCAGGUGGGGUUUCUCAAGAUAUCCCUUCGGGUUUGCUUGACGACAUUUACCAAUGGGCUACUCAAUUCGGUGACAGAAUUGAUGAAGUUGAAGAAUUGGUCACCGAUAACCGUAUCUGGAAGGACAGAACUAUCGGUGUUGGUGUCGUCACUGCCGAAGAUGCAUUGAACUAUUCGUUGUCAGGGGUGAUGUUGAGAGGGUCUGGCAUUCCUUUUGAUAUCAGAAAGUCGCAACCUUACGACGCUUACGACUUGGUUGACUUUGAUGUCGCUGUCGGUCAAAACGGUGAUUGCUACGAUCGUUAUCUUAUCAGAAUGGUCGAAUUCCGCCAAUCCUUGAGAAUUAUCCACCAGUGCAUCAACGACAUGCCUGAAGGUGCUGUGAAGGUUGAGGAUUACAAGAUUUCACCUCCCCCCAGAGGCUUCAUGAAGGAAGAUAUGGAAGCUCUCAUCCACCACUUCUUGUUGUUCACUAAGGGUUAUGCUGUUCCUCAAGGGGAAACUUACACUGCGAUUGAAGCUCCCAAGGGUGAGAUGGGUGUUUAUGUGGUUUCUGACGGCUCUGAAAGACCUUAUAGAUGCAAGAUCAGAGCCCCUGGUUUUGCUCACUUGGGUGCCUUUGACCAUAUCGCCAGAGGGAAUUUGUUGGCUGACGCGGUAGCCAUCAUCGGUACUAUGGACUUGGUGUUUGGGGAAGUUGACCGUUAA